AGAAGAAACCCACGUCCGGUUUGAACUGGGCAACAUUAGCCUGCAGUCAUGAUGCCGCGCCUUGCUCCCCGUGGACUCAUGAAGAGGUUUCUGGGGCUGGUCUUGAGUAGCCUGGCCGCUCUGUCCAAGGACAAGCCCAUCUGGCUCCAGCCGGCGUUCCAGCGGAAGAACAAAAAGAAGCCGGCGAAGAAAGGAGCGGCCCCGCCGCCGCCACUGCCGCGAUCGCGGCCGCCUCCCUCGCCGCCAGGGGAACGCCACCGGAAGGGUCCGGCGUCGGUGCCGGUGCCGGCCGGGCCACCUAAGAUGAUCCUGACCGUGUUCCUGAGCGACGGAGACCAGAUGCUGACAGAGGUGCCCGUUACCCCGGAGACGCUGUGUAAGGAUGUGGUGGAGUUCUGCAAGGAGGCGGGCGAGAGCAGCUGCCACCUGGCCGAGGUGUGGAGGGGCAACGAGCGAGCGAUCCCGUACGAUCACCUGAUGUACGACCACCUGCAGAAGUGGGGUCCCCGGCGACACGAGGUGAAGUUCUACCUGAGGCACGAGGAGCUGCCCAUCGAGGCCUGUGAGCUCGGCAGCCAGCAGUGUGGGGAGCAGCCCAACAGAAGGUCAAGGGGGAGUCCGGCUGACAAGCACUUUGAGAACGGGGUGGGGAACCCUCGUGUGGAGCUGACACUGUCGGAGCUGCAGGAGAUGGCAUCGCGGCAGCAGCAGCAGAUCGAGGCCCAGCAACAGAUGCUUGUCGCCAAGCUUUCCACUGUUCGUUCUGAGGAGCAGCGUCUGCGUUAUCUGAAGCAGCAGGACGGCAGGCCGGGCCAGUCGGUGCCCGAGGCGGAGAAGCUGCAGCGUCUGAAGGAGCGUGUGGACAGCCAGGAGGCCAAGCUCAAGAAGGUCCGCGCCAUGAGAGGACAGGUGGACUACAGCAAGGUCAUCAAUGGAAACCUGUCGGCGGAGAUUGAGCACGUGAGCAACCUGUUCCAGGAGAAGCAGGCCGAGCUGCAGGCGGCCGUGCUGAAGGUGGACACGCUCACGCAGCAGCUGGACGACCUGCGCAGGGGACGCCUCAACGGCCUGCAGCCUCUCGGGGGGCCCAUCAGCGGGGCCGCCGCGCUCGAGCUUCGCAAACUCUACCAGGAGCUGCAGAUCCGUAACAAACUCAACCAGGAGCAGAGCAGCAAGCUGCAGCAGCAGAAGGAGAUGCUCAACAAGCGCAACAUGGAGGUGUCCAUGAUGGACAAGCGCAUCGGCGACCUGCGCGAGCGCCUCUACAAGAAAAAAGCCGAGGCACGUCUCCCUCAGCACCGCAGCCUGAGCCGGAUGAACGGACCUCCGUCCCCCCAGCCUGGCUCGGGCAGCUCGGGUCGGGUGGCAGCUGUGUGCCCCUACAUCCAGGUGCCUGUGCCGGGCAGGCAGGAGGGGGGCUAUGUGUUGCCCCCCGACCCCCUCAAGCCUCAGUCGCUCGCCAUGACCGCCACCGUCAACCACGCUCGCUCCAAGUCCGAGGAGGAGGGGUGUGGCGGUGGAGGUGUGCGUAAGCCCCUGGGCCCCUGGAAGGUGUCAGAUUUAGACAUCAUAACGGACCCCUCGCUGGUGCCGUCCACCGCAGACGAGGCAGAAGGGCUCGCGGCCCCCUCAGAGCCCGCAGGGGCCGACUGUGAUUCCACCAACGAUGCAAACUGGCCAGCUCUCACCAAAAGCAUGCCACCACUCGUACCUCCAGACAAGAUGGCCGUCGGAAUGCAGGGCGACAAGAGCCUGGACUCGAACAGGCUGGUGGGGGCAGUGACCGCUCUGUCCAAGCAGCCCCACCCGACCUACGGCACGUACCCCAGCGCGGGCCACCACUCCACCAUCUGCUCCACCAGCUCGCUGCCCCGCUCCGCGCCCGCCACCCUGGCCUGGCAGCGCUCCUCGCCCCCCGCCUCGCGCUCGGCCUCGCAGCAGAUCCAGCAGCGGAUCUCGGUGCCCCCCAGCCCCUCCUCGUCCCAGACGGGGUCGCCCAUGUUCCCCGGCGCCGAGAGGCCCGACCCUCCGCUGGCGGCCGCCGUGCGACCCUUCGUCACGGACAGGGGGUCCCGGCCGCAGUCGCCCCGCAAGGGCCCGGCCACCAUGAACUCCAGCUCCAUCUACCACAUGUACCUGCAGCCAGCGGCUAAGGGCUACCCCAGCAGCAGCAGACCAGCAGUCAAGGCCGUCUAUGGGAAGCCGGUUCUACCCUCCAGCUCCACGUCUCCCUCCCCGGUUCCCUUCCAGCACCAGAGCAGCCGCGACGAGCCGGACGCCGAGGGCGCCCCGCUGCCCGCGCCCAACGUGGAGAACAUCCCGCGGCCCCUCAGCCCCACCAAGCUCACGCCCGUGGCCCACUCUCCGCUGCGCUACCAGAGCGACGCCGACCUGGAGGUGCUCCGGCGCAAGCUGGCCAACGCGCCGCGCCCGCUCAAGAAGCGCAGCUCCAUCACCGAGCCCGAGGGCCCCGCCGGGCCCAACAUCCAGAAGCUUCUGUACCAGCGCUUCAACACGCUGGCCGGGGGCAUGGAGAGCGGCGCGGUGGGCACUCCGUUCUACCAGCCGGACAGCCCGCUGAGCUACAUGGGCCCGCCGAUGAUCCUGAGCGAGGCGGACACCACCAAUGGGAACUCGCCCGUGCCCGACAGCCUGGCGAUGCCACCUGCCGCGGAGGCGCCCGCACCGGACGUCCCCCUGCCUCCGCCGUCUGGGUCACCUCCGGCUUCGGAUGCCAACGAGAACAGGCUGGCGCAUCCCUGCGCUGACACGAUAGCCAGCGCUCAGAUUGCCGUCGCCGCCCAGCCCUCCCCUCAGACGUCAAGGCUGGCAGCGCCCGACACCACGGAGGACAACAGCAACAAUAACCACCACCACCACCAAAGUGGCCCCACAAAAAAUGCCCAAAGUAGCCCAGUGCCUGAGGCUCGAACCCCUCCCGCCGAGCCCGAAUCGCCGCCUAAAGCUAGAUCGCCCCCGACUCCAUCGUCCAAACGGACCAACCUGAAGAAGCCGGGUUCCGAGCGGACGGGUCACGGGCUGAGGGUGAAGUUCAACCCGCUGGCUCUGCUGCUGGAUGCAUCGCUGGAGGGAGAGUUUGACCUGGUCCAGAGGAUCAUCUACGAGGUGCAGAAUCCAAGCACGCCCAACGACGAGGGCAUCACUCCACUCCACAACGCCGUAUGCGCCGGGCAUCACCACAUCGUUAAGUUCCUGCUGGACUUCGGUGUAAAUGUCAAUGCUGCAGACAGUGAUGGAUGGACCCCUCUGCACUGCGCUGCCUCCUGCAACAGCGUCCAUCUCUGCAAGCUGCUGGUGGAGUCUGGGGCGGCCAUCUUUGCCACCACCAUCAGCGACGUGGAGACGGCCGCGGACAAGUGUGAGGAGAUGGAGGAGGGAUACAUCCAGUGCUCCCAGUUCCUUUACGGUGUCCAGGAGAAGUUGGGGGUGAUGAAUAAGGGGACGGUGUACGCUCUGUGGGACUACGAGGCGCAGUCGCCCGACGAGCUCUCCUUCCGCGAGGGAGACGCCCUCACCGUGCUGCGUCGCCGUGACGACAACGAGACGGAGUGGUGGUGGGCGCGUCUCAACGAUAAGGAGGGCUAUGUACCACGCAACCUGUUAGGGUUGUACCCCAGGAUCAAGCCCAGACAGCGCUCUUUGGCAUAGCGCCCUCUGGCUGCCACCAUUUGCAAGUGCAAGCUCCUGCGAGCAGCCUGGUGAUCGAUCCGCUGGUGCCUGCAGACAGCAGCUUUGCCCUGGGGCACUGCCCUCUCUGCGUGUCCCCGUGCCCUCUGGGCACACCUGGAGAGAGAGAGAGGGAGGAGAGGGCCAUGCCCACACGGACAGCGCCCCAUGUCUGGGUGCCCGGACCUGGGCUGGCGUCUAGAGUCUGGGAGUGCCUCGUACAUGUGCGACUGGAAAAGAGAGCGAAAGGAGGGAGAGGAAGAGAGAUACGGACUAGUACUCCACCUUCAUUCACGGCUGUUUACUUUAAUAUGGCUGAACCUGUUUUUUUUUUUUUUUUUUCGUUUUACCCUACUGGAUCACGCAGCUUCGUUAGUGUUUGUAUCAUAUUUUUUCAGAUGAUCUUUUCUGAUACAGUUCACUGGUGGCGUGUGGGUGAGCUAGCAGUUGGAAUGAGCAUGUGAGGAGACGGAGAGAGUGGGAACGGAGGAAGUGUUGUGAACAUUUCAAGGGUGUCCUCGAAAGUGUGUUUAUUUUUGUGUGUGUGUGUGUGUGAUUGGACGUGUGUGUGUGUGUGUGUGUGUGUGUGUGUGUGUGUGUGUGUGUGUCAAUGUGGAUGGAGACGAAGAGAAAGAGGAAAUGGUCGGAGACUGAAGUGGAACAUAGGAGCUGACUCGGAAAAAAGGAAGGAACCAAAGGCAUCCGAAAGUGUUUUUUUUUUUUUUUUCAAUGGAGAAGAAGAAGGAGGUCGAGGUGAAUCUUGAGGCUAGCAGAGAGUUUUUAUUUUUUAUUUUUUAUUAUUAUUGAAGGAAACAGAGGAAGUGGCUGAGGGAGGAAACUGUGUACGUGUUAAUUUGUGAAUGUGUGCGGAUGUGCAGAAGUUAAGGCUGUGAGUGAGUGAUGAGAGGUUUCUUGAGGAUAGCUAUCGGCAAACUACAGAAUCUGUGGCAGCAUUAGGCAGAGUUCAGAGGUCACACCUGUGAAAUGAUCAAAAUAUGAAGGGUAUACUGUAUUCAGGGGGAGAUCCUCCAUUUUGAACUUGUAUCCUUAUACGAUCCUUUUUUAAAAAACGGAAAUACUUAGACAGGAAUGUGUAUGUUGUAUUAUAUUUUUCCUGUUUUAAGUGUUCUUUAUUUAAUGCACAUUGAAAGUAAUGCUUUUAAACUGCUCUGCAAGAGAAUACUCCCAUUAAAAAAGUGGUGGAGACAUGGCUGAGUGGAAUGGCAUCAUACACACAAUUUACACAAGAUGUCCUAUACAUGUAUAAAAUAAAGAGAUCCCAGACUGGGACAAAGUGAGAA